GUGUGUGUUCUCUUAGCCAUAUAUAUUGGGCCAUGUGGACCCAGACGUGGAGUGUUGUAGGAUCGACUUUGUAUUGGCUGUAGGGCUGUUUGCCUCUACUCCUUUAUUUCUCUGUUAAAGAAAACCAGCGGGGAUAUAAAACCCCUUGAGAUCUCUCUGGACUGCUUGUUCGUGGGAACUAGGCCACCUUUUCUCCCUGAGCGUACUGGGUCUCACCGAGUACCUGGCCCCUGAGAAAAAAUGAGUGGUCUGCUAGAAGAUGGCUCUUUCAUGUUCACGUCAGAGUCCGUAGGAGAGGGACACCCAGAUAAGAUUUGUGACCAGAUCAGUGAUGCUGUUCUAGAUGCUCAUCUGAAGCAGGACCCAGAUGCCAAAGUGGCCUGUGAGACGGUGUGUAAGACUGGCAUGGUGUUGCUCUGUGGAGAGAUCACAUCUCGGGCCAACAUAGACUACCAGAAGGUGGUGAGGGACACCAUCAAACAUAUCGGCUAUGACACCUCUGACAAAGGUUUCGACUAUAAGACAUGUAAUGUGUUGGUGGCUCUGGAGCAGCAGAGUCCUGACAUUGCUCAGGGGGUCCACAUUGAUAGAUCGGAGGAGGACAUCGGAGCUGGAGACCAGGGUCUGAUGUUCGGCUACGCCACAGAUGAGACAGAGGAGUGCAUGCCCCUCACCAUCGUCUUAGCCCACAAACUCAACUCAAAGAUGGCUGAACUCAGACGCAACGGCACCGUCCGCUGGCUGCGUCCUGACUCGAAAACACAGGUGACGGUGCAUUAUGACCAGAGGGAUGGAGCUGUGAUCCCCAGGAGAGUUCACACUAUUGUAAUCUCUGUUCAGCAUGAUGACUACAUCUCUCUAGAGGAACAAAAGCAGGUCCUCAAGGAAAAGGUGAUCGACGCUGUGGUUCCUGCUAAAUAUCUGGACGACAAAACCGUCUACCACCUCCAGCCCAGCGGUCGCUUUGUCAUUGGAGGACCUCAGGGUGAUGCUGGUGUGACAGGCAGGAAGAUCAUUGUAGACACAUAUGGAGGUUGGGGAGCUCAUGGUGGUGGAGCUUUCUCCGGCAAAGACUUCUCAAAGGUGGACCGCUCCGCCGCCUAUGCUGCUCGCUGGGUGGCCAAGUCUCUGGUCAAAGCCAAACUAUGCAGAAGAGUUCUGGUUCAGGUGUGUUAUGCUAUUGGAUUGGCCCAGCCUCUGUCCAUCUCUGUGUUCACCUACGGUUCCUCCCAGAAGACAGAGUCAGAGCUGCUCCAAAUUGUCAAGAAGAACUUUGAUUUGCGGCCAGGAGUCAUUGUCAGGGAACUGAAGUUGAAGAGACCGAUCUACCAGCAGACCGCCGCUUACGGCCACUUUGGUCGACCAGAGUUUCCUUGGGAGGUGCCCAAAAAGCUUAUCUUCUAAAUACUCCAUUUGCUUCUGCUGCCUGAUUGACCCUGGAAGCUGAACAAGAUGCCAUUUUUAACAAGAACAGCUAAGGCCAAAUUUAGGGAUAGGUCAGCUUUAAAGGAGACAGUUACAGUCAGGGAAA